UAGGCGUCGUUAUGGCAGCCCAUGCUACUGGGCUUGAAAUUGCCAAGAAACAUUUAACUGAAGCAAUUGGUGAUAAUGUUAAACAUUACUGGGCGAACUUGAAACUGUGGUUCAAACACAAGAUAAGCAAGGAAGAGUUUGACAUCGAGGCUCGUCGCCUUUUGGCACAAGACAACGUUCAUGUCCACAAUGACUUUCUCCUGGCCAUUCUCACACGUUGUCAGAUAAUCGUCGCCAAACCAGAGGGUGCUGGAUCUUUGCAGUGGGCAGGUAGCUCAGCCUCCAAGCCUGGCAAGCCUGCCAAAGGAAAAAAGAAGUUCUCCUUCAGACAGAAAUUUGAUCAUCGCUUCCAGCCCCAGAACCCUCUGAGUGCGGCCCAGGCCUUCAGCCCGCGGGAGGUUGGGAGUGAGGAAGAGGAGCUGAGACUUAGUGCCCACACCCUGUUGCUGCCCACCCGGGGCCAGCUGGAGGCCCGCAUGAUGGUCACCGCUUUUGAGCUGGGCCUGGACAACGUCACGGAGGACGCCGUCAGCACCAUGGUCCACGCAGUGGAGCAAGUUGUAUCAGUUCACUCAGGACCCCCCCCCUCCCCAUACACACACUUCACUCACCUGAAGGACAUGCUGACUGCUGUGGUGUCCAGGAGGAAGGCCUACCGACUGCGUGAUGGACACUUCUCCUACGCCUUCGGCAGUGAUGUCACCCCCCAGCCCUACUUGAAGAACAGCCUGGCAGCCUACCACAUUGUCACAGAUUGCCCACCUCACAGUGCAUCUCGUCUGGCCGGCCCGCCCCCUCAGCUAUUACAAGACGAUGCUGAGCAGCAGGCUGCUCUCCUAUUGGCCUGUUCUGGUGACAGUCUCCUUGCGCCCCUCCCUCCGAUCAACAUGUUUGAUCUCCUGGAAGCGUUACAGGUCCACCGAGGUGUGAUGCCCUCUCACACCAUGUAUGCCCUGAACAUGGAACGGAUUCUGUCCCGGCUGUGGCAUCCCAGUCACGAGGACCUGGAGCAGGACCAUGUGCACCGCCAACGCCUCGCAGGGAAGGAUGGUCUGCUCGUCAGCUGAGACACACACACACACAGACAGUCUCUGGUGGAUAGACAGGCAGAUUGUGGUGGGGGUAUGGCUGAGACAAAUGGAGAGUUUAACACACAGUGUUGAGGCAUCCAUAUGGCCCCUAAACCCUGCCUUGAAGCAGAGCGAGAGGAUGAUAUCGAAGACUGGAUUUCCACUCCACUAGGUCUACUGUUCGCUGCUCUGGCCCCCCAAUGGUGGAACAAACUCCCUCACGACGCCAGGACAACGGAGUCAAUCACCACCUUCCGGAGACACCUGAAACCCCACCUCUUUAAGGAAUACCUAGGAUAGGAUAAAGUAAUCCUUCUCACCA